CAUGGAUCCAAGAGGAGAGAAACCACAUAGAAUGCAGUCAGUGAAGGUCAGGCAGCAGACGAGUCCUGGCUCUAAUGUCUGGCCUCCAGCCCAGAAGGAAUGUCAAAGAUGAGAUUAUCUACUAGAAGAACUCAAUGUGCUUAAAUAAGCAAUACGAGAAUAUGGUCAUGAGGAAUGUGGGAUUAGAGAGAGAAUACCAGAAUGAAAGAUAUGAAAAAGAAGAACUCAGCAGGCUGAUCACUAAAGCAGGCUGGUCUAAAGGGAAAUUACAAAAAUUCCUCAAGAACAGAGAUGUCAUCAAGACAUAUGACCCUGAACACAACCCCAAACUCGAGAUCGAAAGGUCGUUCGAGGAAGAGGAAAUUCCAGAUGAGAGCCCCUUUGGCAUCUGUGAAAAGAGAAACGGAGCCAUGCCUGAUGGGAGUAAACAGCAGAAAAGGAACCAUAAAUGGAGUAAAGGCAAAUCUGUGGAAGGGCUCCAGACUCCCAAAAUUCACAACAUACCUAGACAGUUCACGAAUCAAUCAAAGAGGACGUUCAAAGAGGAGAGUGACGAUCCUUCUGCCAAGCUAGAUGAAGAAAUCGUGCUUGAUGAUGAUUAUAUAGAAGUAGAUGAUGGCCCAGCAAGACCUACACCAAACCAGCAACAUUAUGUCGCUUCUCCUUGGAAAAUCCAGCAAAACCAAGAGACUAAGGAAGAGUCUAACAGUGAAUCAGAAAGCGAGUCCUCAACUUCUUCUAAAGAUGAAGAAACAGACUCAGAGUAUUCAGAUAGCUCCUUUGAGCGUGAGGAAGCGAUUGAUAAAACUGUAAAGACCAAAGAAAUGUUUGAAGAUUUCAAGGGGUAUCUUGAUGAGGACUCUAUUCUUGACUCUCGACCAAUUUAUGACCCAGUUCCUCCAAGAAAAAGCAUGAGAAAAUCUUCAAUCACUAAACAGAAAGAAGAAACUAAAAAUUUUGAUGAGAUGCCUGAGAAACUUCGGAAGCCUGAGAAGGAAAUAAGGCUCCCUUCUCUGACUAAGAAGAGGUCUGCCACAGUCAAGAAUCCUUACAACCCGACAGAGAAUAAAGAGUAUAUGGAAGAUAUUUUCAAGAGUAUUAACAAUAAGAACCAUUUAUUCUUGAACCCUCAAUUUGGGUCAGUAUUUCUAGGUGAAUCUGCUAAGCUAGGCAGAAGUAUUUACUCUCCAGGCAAGAAAUCUAUCCUACCUCUUUCCGCUACUUUGCCUGUACAUUUGAGAGAAGAAGGCGAACCUUUUGGAGAAGAGCCUCACAAGAACAAACAAGAAGUGACUCCAUUUCAAGAUAAAACUGAUGAGUUCAGAAUCAAAAGAGCUGAUAGCAAGGGUCCAUUCACAUCAACAGGCUUGGAUGAAUACAUGGAUAUCCAGCCUUCCUAUUUCUGCACAGAAGAUAUCUCUGAGCAUUGUGGUGAAGUCAAGCAACUUCCUUUAGCUCCAGAAUUCAAGCACUUGAAGAAUCCGAAGUUUAUGGCGGAGUUUUAUAUCGUAGGAGUUGAUGAAAUGACUCUCAUGUCUUUAAAUUCUAGGUAUGAAAUAGUAAGACCUUGAUUAUUGUAUAAUUAUCCAAACUCAGAGGAACAUUCAGAGCGGCAUAAAAUAAUCAAGGAUUUUUGAUUUCCAGUUGGAAUAGAGGUGGAGAGGGUCGAUCUCUCCAUCCCUGACCUCGAAGUCAAGAUCUCUGAUGUGUUAUAUAACAGGAAAAUUUACUUGUACGACACUUUUAUUUUCACUCUGAAUGGAAAUGACUACAAUAAAGGAAUUAUUUAUGAAGACGAGUACCUUUACUGCCUGACUAUUGUGGUCAAGGAGCUCAGAUCUACCAAUGUGAAGCAAAAUGAUCUUACUGGGCAGGUUAUGGAACAGCUGUUCAUUACGAAAUAAAGCUUAUUGAACCAUGAUAAGAAAUACUCAUUUCGAACUUCAUUAUAAAUUUCUUUCUGCUUUGUUAAAGAUACAAAAGCACGAGCAAGCGAGUAUGAAAGUUCCCAUAUCAAAACAGCGGCUUCUGAACCUACACAUUUUGCCUGAAUAUAAGGACUUAGUCUGAGAUAUUGAGGCAAUGAUAUGUAUGCCAAAUAUUUCAGAUGUUUGUAAAGAAACUUUAAGAGAAUUCUAUCAACUUGACCCUAAGGAUUUUAAACUAGAUGUCCCUUUAACUCUUGAAAUACCUUAUAAAGUGUGUCAGUUCGAUUAUCACAUCCCAGAAUCUACUGAGUACACAGAUAUCCACUGGUAUGGCCCCUUCUUUCUUAGUUGGAUAGAAUUCAAAGAUUUUUACAAUCUUUUCAAAGCUAUUUUGCUGGAAAGAUCUGUAAUAUUUAUCUCAGAGAACCACGGGUUGGUCACAAGUAUGGUGAAUGCUUUCAGGAUACUGCUAAAGCCAUUUAAGUGGUGUCAUUUGUUCAUCUCUUUGCUGCCAAAACUUCUGACAGAUUACCUCUGGGCACCUCAGCCGAUCUUACUUGCCCUAUCUGACAAAGAAGAGUUCUUUGAGUUUAUAGAUGCUGAAGCUCUUGAAGAUAAGAUUAUCGUAGAAUGCCAAGAGAAUUCAAUCAGAAUCCAGGGAAUCUCAGAGAUCCCAGAAUUCCUAUGAAGAGGGCUUAAAUAAGAAUCUGAGGAAGAUGUUCAAGGAGUUCCGCAAGCAGACUAAGGAUCUUAUCAGAGGUUCUAUCUAUGACACCUCUUCACGAGAGAAAGGCUUCUCUGAGAACAUCGCUAAGACUAUUAAAGAAUCUUUGGAAGAUAUUAUUAUAGGUGCUUUUAGGAAGUACAAAGAAAGACAGAGGAUGAACCACCUCCAGUUUGACUUCAAUGAUUGCAAAUCUUAUCUAGUGAAGAACAGCAAAGAUCGUCCAUUUAUGAAGCAAUUUGUUGAUACCCAGAUGUUCGCAUUUUAUUAUGACACCACGGUUAAUAAGUAGAAAUCAUUCAAUUUUGAA